AUGGGCAGGUUUAGUGUAUUUAAUGAAGAAGUUCAAGCAGAAUUGGCUAAGCAUAUUUUGAUUUUCGAAGAGCGAAUGUUCGGGAUGGGCAUACGAGACGUCCGCAAACUGGCAUUUGAAUUGGCAACAAGAAACAAUUUGAAACACAAUUUCAACACAGAUAAACGUAUGGCAGGUAAGAAGUGGUAUUAUGGCUUCAUGUCAAGACAUAAAGAAAUAUCGUUACGGCAGCCGGAGAAGACAUCAAUGGCAAGGGCUGCAGGAUUUAGCAAAGCACGAGCUGAUAAAUUCUAUGAGCUUUUAAAAACGAUCUGUGAAGAGGAUAAAUUUACCGCCACACGCAUAUUCAACGUCGAUGAGACAGGUUGCUCAACCGUACAACGGCAAUGUCAGAAAAUAUUAGCCAAGAAGGGAAAACAUCAUUUCUAG